CGCCCUUUUUUCAGAUCCGAUUAAGUGCUGCCGGUGAGAGCUACGGAAAGUGUCUGCUAGCUGUCAGGUAGCUGAAAGCGGUGGCACCGGAUGAGAAUGUACCGUUUCGUUUGAAACGGGCUGGUGGAUGAAUAGCUUUGUGUUUUGUUUUUUUUUGUUCUUUCGUUUGUUCAAAUAUAGAAGCUUUAUCCACGAGAAAAAAUCCUGGGCAAACAAAGGGAGAAGUAAACGGAAAAACUGAAAUGUCAGGUGACGUCCACCGUUGAAAUGUGUGUUGACUGUGACGCAUAGUUAGUUAGUUCACUAGCCCUGCGACGGACUGGUGUGUCUGGCCAGCUUCAACUUCCUUAGCUUUAACUUACCUAGCUUUAAAAAACAACAACACAGAAAGACAUGUCACCGGGCGACAACCCUCACGUUUUAUUAGGAAGGAUUCGGUUUCUGAACAAAUGCAUAGAUUGUUUCAGGAAGAGCGAAGCUGUGCCCGAGUGCCUAUGUUUCGUCCCAAAAGAGGUAUGUUAUAAAAUCUGCAAAGAUUCGUCAUCCAAUUCAACCGCUUCGUCUAGUACGUCCACCGCCAACUCAUCCGUCGGUAAGACCCUGGUUUCAGUUUGGGAGAGCCCCCAUCAAGCUCUCCACAGUAAGAAGCUAUGCAAGUGCAACAUCGAACCAAAGAAAGGGACAUGUAUUCGGACAACAGGGGAAGAGUAUUGCAACAGCCACGGCCUGUGGGUUAAAAUCAACAAGGAUCAGUUGGAGGAGCACCGUGUGGGUCAGGAGUGUGAGGAGGGCUGGGUCUUGGUCUGUAAACACACGGAGGGAGGAGAUCGACUGGUACCUGUUGAAUCACCUGAGACACUCGGCAGACACCAGCAGCUCUUUGGAUAUGACCACAAGCCCUGUGACAGGUGGGAACAAGUGGUGGAUGUAGAGAGUUCUCUUCACAUCGGCUCUAAACCCAAGGUCGCGGAGCGUGAUGAAGCAGCUGUUCAGAAGCUCAGAUAUGUUCCUCCCAGCUGGACGUUUGAAUAUGACGAGGAUCUGGUGCAUUACUUCUACGACCACAUCGGAAAGGAGGAUGAGAACCUGGGCAGUGUCAAACAGUGUGUCACCAGCAUUGAUGUGUCCUCCUGCUCAGAGGACCCUAGUGGUGGGGCAGGUUGCCUGACAGAUGGAGACACAGAGACCUACUGGGAGAGUGAUGGGAUGCAGGGACAACACUGGAUCAGACUGCACAUGAAGAGAGGCACCGUAGUCAAUAAGCUGAUCUUGACGGUUGACUCAACCGAUGACAACUACAUGCCUAAAAGAGUGACUGUGUUCGGAGGGGAAGGAGACAAUCUGAAGAAGCUCAGCGACGUCACCAUAGACGACAAUCUGAUUGGUGAGGUGUGUGUGCUGGAAGACAUGACGGCCCACCUGCCUGUCAUUGAGGUUCGCAUCGAGGAGUGCAGGGGUGAGAAUGACGAGGGGAUAGACGUUCGGAUCAGAGGGCUGAAGAUCAAGUCGUCGUGUGAGAGAGACCUGGGGCUCAACGCUGACGUGUUUCAGUCUCCUAACCUAGUGCGUUAUCCUCGACUGGAGGGUACACUGCCUGAUGUCCUCUACCACAGGGCCCUGGUUAUACAGAGAUUCAUCUCGCUGCUGGACAGUCUCCUGCCCCACCUGGUUCCAGCCUGGGACUACAGCCUGGCCACCUUUAACCACAUCAAGAGUAUCAAGCCGUUCCUGCUGCUGUCCAAGCGUCGCUCGGCCCUGAUCACCCAGUGUCUGAAGGACUCCGAGACCAGCAAGCCUAACUUUAUGCCCCGGCUCUAUAUCAACCGUAGACUGGCCAUGGAGCACAGAGACAACCCCUCACUGGACCCUACUGCUAAGAACGCUGUCUUCACACAGGUCUACGAGGGUCUGAAGCCAUCCGAUAAGUUUGAGAAGAUUUUGGACUACAGAUGGCCGGCGCGUUACGACCAGUGGUGGGAGUGUAAAUUCAUAGCAGAGGGCAUCAUCGACCAAGGAGGUGGUUUUAGAGACAGUCUGGCAGACAUGUCUGAAGAGCUGUGUCCCAGUUCAGCAGAAUGCCUCCUGCCUUUACCCUUCUUCAACAGGACAUCUAACCAGGGAACAGGCGAGGCCAGAGACCACUAUGUUCCCAACCCGUCCUGCAGAGAGUUCCACAAGUUUGAGUGGAUCGGACAGCUGAUGGGAGCCGCUCUCCGAGGAAAAGACUUCCUGGUGCUGGCGCUGCCUGGUCUGGUGUGGAAACAGUUAACAGGGGAGGCUGUCAGCUGGAGCAAAGACUUCCCUGCUGUUGACUCUGUCCUGGUCAAGCUGCUGGAGGCCAUGGAGGUCAUGGACCAGGAGACAUUUGACUUUAAAUUUGGGGAGGAGUUGGUGUACACUACCCUGCUGAGUGACGGCAGACUGGUAGAGCUGCUACCAGGCGGCAGCAAUCAGGUGGUACGGUACCAAGACCGCAGGGAGUUCAUUCACCUGGUCCAGAAGGCACGCCUGGAGGAGAGCAGACACCAGGUCUGUGCUAUGCAGGCAGGGCUGGUGAAGGUAGUGCCUCAGGCCGUGCUGGAUCUGCUAACCUGGCAGGAGGUGGAGAAGAAGGUCUGUGGAGACCCGGAGAUCACCGUGGAGGCACUCAAACGACUCACUCGAUAUGAGGACUUGGAGCAGACUGAUGUCAGGGUACAGUACCUGUGGGAAGCUCUCAUGAACUUCACUAAUGAGGACCGCAGCCGGUUCCUGAGGUUUGUGACGGGGAGGAGCCGUCUUCCUGCUCCCAUCUACAUCUUCCCUGACAAACAAGGCUCUGAGACUACAGAUGCAUUAUAACAUCUUUGUUUUCCCUGACCUCUAGCUCUGAGACUACAGAUGCAUUAUAACAUCUUUGUUUUCCCUGACCUCUAGCUCUGAGACUACAGAUGCAUUAUAACAUAUUUGGUUUCCCUGACCUCUAGCUCUGAGACUACAGAUACAUUAUAACAUAUUUGGUUUCCCUGACCUCUAGCUCUGAGACUACAGAUGCAUUAUAACAUAUUUGGUUUCCCUGACCUCUAGCUCUGAGACUACAGAUACAUUAUAACAUAUUUGGUUUCCCUGACCUCUAGCUCUGAGAAUACAGAUGCAUUAUAACAUCUUUGGUUUCCCUGACCUCUAGCUCUGAGACUACAGAUGCAUUAUAACAUAUUUGGUUUCCCUGACCUCUAGCUCUGAGACUACAGAUGCAUUAUAACAUAUUUGGUUUCCCUGACCUCUAGCUCUGAGAAUACAGAUGCAUUAUAACAUAUUUGGUUUCCCUGACCUCUAGCUCUGAGAAUACAGAUGCAUUAUAACAUCUUUGGUUUCCCUGACCUCUAGCUCUGAGAAUACAGAUGCAUUAUAACAUAUUUGGUUUCCCUGACCUCUAGCUCUGAGAAUACAGAUGCAUUAUAACAUCUUUGGUUUCCCUGACCUCUAGCUCUGAGAAUACAGAUGCAUUAUAACAUCUUUGGUUUCCCUGACCUCCAGCUCUGAGACUACAGAUGCAUUAUAACAUCUUUGGUUUCCCUGACCUCCAGCUCUGAGACUACAGAUGCAUUAUAACAUCUUUGGUUUCCCUGACCUCUAGCUCUGAGACUACAGAUGCAUUAUAACAUCUUUGGUUUCCCUGACCUCUAGCUCUGAGACUACAGAUGCAUUAUAACAUAUUUGGUUUCCCUGACCUCUAGCUCUGAGACUACAGAUGCAUUAUAACAUAUUUGGUUUCCCUGACCUCUAGCUCUGAGACUACAGAUGCAUUAUAACAUAUUUGGUUUCCCUGACCUCUAGCUCUGAGACUACAGAUGCAUUAUAACAUAUUUGGUUUCCCUGACCUCUAGCUCUGAGAAUACAGAUGCAUUAUAACAUAUUUGGUUUCCCUGACCUCUAGCUCUGAGACUACAGAUGCAUUAUAACAUAUUUGGUUUCCCUGACCUCUAGCUCUGAGACUACAGAUGCAUUAUAACAUAUUUGGUUUCCCUGAC